GAGUAAGUUCAGUAAAUGCAAGCAACAAGUACGGUUUGCGAGUUGUUUCAAAACACACACAAGACAAAAAUUGAAGAAAAAAAAAUAUAGAAUAAAAGUUAAAGUGAUGUGUCGUUGCUUCAUGUGAAAGUACGAAAAAAACGAAUUUUUAGUGGAAAAAAAAUAAAUAAAAAUAAAAUUGAGGAAAAAAAGAGGAAAAUAAAAUCAAGUCGAAAUAAAAGGCAGUUUGAACGAAAGAAAUCGCCACAAAAGUGCAGAAAAAAAUAAAGUUUCCUUUCUUUUGACAUCCACGACGACGACACAGCAUAUGAAAGUGUCGGUCCAACAAAUGCCACUCAAAAAGUUGAAAGCCGUUCCCGACAAGCCCGUACUCGAAAAUGGCACUUAUAUUUGCAGCGCAUUCAAUUCCAGGUGUUUCAUCAUACAAAAGGUAACUCCAACACCAAUAUUUGGAUUAGCCACAAGUACGGCGAGUGUGGUGCAGCCAAAUAAUGCAGAAAUACAGGCAGCAACGCCAGCAACAAUCACAACAGUUGCACCAGUUACGAGUAAUGGUUACGUAUAUAUGAAUGGCGAUAUAAGCAAGACAACGGCUGUUGCGAACACAGCAAUUUACACAACUAAUCAAAUUGAUACAACGUCAGGCGGAAUUAUGGGUGCUCCGGUGGGAGCAGUUGCAAUUGUCCCGUUACAGACAACGACAAAUCCCGUAGCGCCGCCACAGAGCACCGAAUAUGCAUUAGUGAAUGGCACGAGUGUCGUCGCCACCGAAAUGCAGCCGACAACGGUUGUCGGGGAAUAUUACAGUGCCAGUGAUCAGCAGAGUAACGCGGUAUCGGGAGAGACAACGGCUGGUUCGUCCAAUACCGCGGGAAAUGCAUCCGCCACAUCUGCCGGACAAGUCAAUGAAAACGGAAUUCCUUUGGAUCAAUUGAAACAAAUGUUAUCAGCACAAUUAGAAUAUUAUUUUUCACGGGAAAAUUUAGCGAACGACACAUAUUUAUUAACACAAAUGGACAAUGACCAAUAUGUACCAAUCUGGACAGUAGCUAAUUUUAAUCAGGUUAAGAAACUGACAAAAGACAUAAAUCUUAUCACGGAAGUACUUCGGGAGUCGCCAAACGUCCAAGUCGACGAGGAAGGAUUAAAAGUGCGACCGAAUCAUAAGCGCUGCAUUGUGAUAUUGCGCGAAAUACCGGACAACACGCCCGUCGACGAUGUCAAGGCGUUGUUCCAGGGCGACAAUUGCCCGGCAUUUAUUUCGUGCGAAUUUGCGGGGAACAAUAACUGGUACGUCACCUUCGAGAAUGACGACGACGCGCAAAAGGCGUACAAGUACUUGCGCGAAGAGGUGAAGGAAUUUCAGGGCAAACAAAUUAUGGUUCGUAUCAAGGCAAAACCCUUGCCAAGGCUUCCAAUGGCAUCGGGCGUCUCCGGUGCCCAGAUGAAAAAUGGUUAUCGUCAAACGCCGCCGCCGCAACAACCGACAGCUACUGCCCAAAUUUUCGAUCCAACAGCUGCAGCGGCAGCAGCUGCGGCCUACCAACAGCGAAUCUUCUUGACAAAUACAGCAAUUCAGCCAGCAGGUGCCGUGCCAGCGACAACUACUUUCGGACAACAAGUGCAAUUUUUUCCAUUCCAACAGCCUAUUUAUCCAGGAUUCAUUCAGCAAUGGGCGCAGCCAGCGGCUCCAACUGCUCAAGCACAACAAGCAAGUCAACACUUGUACGACUUGAACAUCUUUCCAGCCAACGGUUUGGCGCCCCAAGUCUAUACUGGACCAGUGAAGCAGCAAAAUCCUCGCUAUUCUGGCCAUCGCUCGGGUGGCGGCGGCGGCAACAAUGGCGGCGUUCGUUCCAAACGGAACAACAAUGCGGAUCAUCGUGGAUCAUCAAGUGCCAACACAAACGAGACGACAACAUCGACGGUCCAUCAUCAGAACCAAUCCUCACGUCAAACGCAGUCUUUCUACCACCCGCAAAUCACGCAAAAUCAUCUGGCCUCAACCGCUCUGGCGACCCACAUACCACAGCAGCAACAACAACAACCGCAAUCCCAGCAACAACAAGGAGGCAUGCCAAAAUCGAAUUCUUACACGAGCAAGUCGACGGGCGACUCGCACUACUCAUCCAACAAGUCCAACUAUCACAAAAACGACGAUCGUUCAUCCUCAACUUCCAGUGUGCCACAGCAACAACAACAACACUACAACGCUACGUAUUCAUACUCGCAACAACAACCAUCGCAUCACUACUACCAUCCUCAAGGCACGCAAUACGAGGUGCACGAGGUGGCUAGCAACAAAAACAACGGAAAUCAGGGCCAACAACAGGAGCACGACGAUGCCGCUACUCAGCCAUACGCGGGUCGUCAAACGACCAAGAACGAGAAUUGGGUGUCGCGACCAAAGGGACGUCGAAGACGAGAUGACAUCGAGAAUCCUCGUGGCUCCUACAAUUACGGGCAAACCGGCGGCGGCGGUGCGGGAAACAAUAGCAAUAACAGCGUCAGUGGUGGUGGUUCGAACGUCAACAACAAUUACAAUCACUCUAAUAAUCAAAAACUGAACAACACAGCAGCUAGUCUUAAUAGUAACACAUCCACGAAUACCACGUACAAUGCACGCGAACGUGGCAACCGCAACUCAUCCGAUCAUCAUCAUUCGGGCGGCGGUCAUUAUCAUCAUCACUAUCACGAAGGGGGUCGUGGGCAUCAUAGCGGCGGGCAUCACGCCUCGUCUCACGGACAUGGAAACGCUGGCGAUGCCGAAAAAUCCUCGUCGAACAACUCUUACAACAGUAAUUCAACGCACACAUCGUCGUCGGGCCACAACAAUCAGUCGGGCAAUGGCGCCUCGUCACGUGGUGCUGCAAAUGACGCCAAUCAAUCGAAUGCCGCGGCAACCGCCAAAGAGACCUCGAACCCACGCACGACGCAAUUCGACUUGAAAACAGCCGCCUUCCCUCCGUUGCCGGGAUCCGCAGAUACUCCGACGACAAAUGCCGCUAAUUCGGGUGCCACAACUGCCAAUAGCGGCAACAAGGAGAAUGCGGGCAAGAACAAAGCGGCGGCAAAUCAGCAAAGUGAGCAAGUUCCUGAGGUUUCCGUACAAACGCCAGGCUGGGGUGGCGAAGGACGUCUUGCUGACUUGGUUAAGGGAACAAUCUCGAAACAGCAGUUGAAUGUUACAACGACGACGACGGCGGCAGCAGCCGUAGCAGCAGCGACAGGUAACAAAGCAAAGACUGAUCAUCCGCGUUCACAUUCGUCGUCACCAGACUGUGCCGCAAACGCCGUUGUCACAGUUUCAGCUGCAACGGGCUCAUCUGCCGCGUCUUCAGUAACUAGCCAAAGUAAUAAUGCCGAGCUUAAUAGUCAAAAUGCAGGUGCACAAACAUCUGCCACAUCGCCUUCUACAGUGAAGAAAGCACCUUCUGAUGAGUCCUCGUCAUCUUCUUCCACAGCGACGGCCACCCAAGUAACCCACGAAGCGAAAAAUAAUCAAACUACAACUCCAACUGCUAAUAAUAAUACUAGUGUUCUAAGUAAAGUAAAUAAUAGUAAUAGUAACAAUCCUCCUGUGAUAAAAUGUACAACAACAACAACAUCAACAAUAACGGCCACGGCUGACAAAUCAACAAAGACUGACGAGUCGCUAUUGAUGAACGGAAUGGAGGCAUUAAAUGUCUCGGGUGCUGUGUCUCAGACCUCCGCGAGCACCGUUGCUGCUGUUGUUGCUGCAAAAUCCACUGAAACUAGCGGUAAAAAUAGUGUGAUACCACCACCAACGACGACAAAUGCUGCCACAAUGACGACUUCGGAUGCCGCAACGCAGGCCACGUGCCAACAAUCCGCCGUCGUUACAGCGAGCAGCGUCAAAAGUGUCGCGACAGCCUCCACAAUGACGGUUCCUGUAUCGAAAACGAGUGUCGCGGCAUCUCCGACACCCGCCGUAGCAUCGGCAACGACGUCAAAAGUUGCGCCCGCAGCAAAGCAAGUCUCAAGUACUUCGGCAAGUGUUGCUGCCUCCUCAAAUUCAGCCUCUACUUCAACUUCGUCUACUUCUAAGUCAUCGUCUGUGCCAAUUAAUGCAAAUGAUGUGCAUGCAUUUCCAUUGCCUCAACCAGCUGCUGGCAGUAAUUUAGCAUCUAGCAUUUCGGAGAGCAGCAACGAGCCCGUUAUCACUCAAAAUCCGCCGGUUGGGAAGCUGAGUUAUGCUCAAGCAGCACAAUUAUUGCGCGAAGGCAACAAGGAAGCGGCUCUCGUUGCUGCCGCAACUGCCUCCGUCGCAAAUGUGAAUGAAAAGGUGCCACAAGAAACGACCGUUGUUCCUACGAAAGACACGAAGCAACAAAAGAAGGAAGGAAAUCCCGAAACUGGAAACCGCGAAAGAAAAGAUAGUUUUCGUGAAGUCCGUUCCGGUAACUCGAACAAAGGUAAUCGCGAACGCCGUGACAGCAACAACAAACAACAACAACAACAAAACACAUCCGAACCAAAUGCCGCAGCAAAAGACACAACAAAGGGCGGUCGUCGCACGAACAACAAUCAACAAAACGUGAAUCACGCCACGUCUCAUCAUCAGCAAGGACCCCGUAGCCCAAAAUGAUGACCUUUAAUGACGGCAUAUCGCUACAUCCGAUUACCACCACAACAAACUCUAACGAAUCCGAAUCAUCCGCCUCCCGUUCCCCCAUCGCAUCAUCAUCCACCUUCGCAACCAAUGAUCUUUCAUCCGCACACCAAACACCCCCAAACAAUUUUUACCGAAGCGCCCACAGUGUUCUUUCUCAACACAACUCCCCCCAAUGCCCAGCAACACCAAACGACGACGCCACUAACGAUGCCCUUCAUAUCGAACCAUCAUCCGCAUCAUCAUCAUCAGUUCCAACAUCGGCCUCAACUGUUAUUCCACAACGUCGUUCCCCAAAAUCUCAACCGGUGAUCAUUUAUUAUGUUGUAAUUAGCAUACGAAUGUUACCAAAAAUGACCUUUUCUAUUUAAAAAUGAAUUUUUGGUUUCACUAUUGGAUGAAAAAAAAUUUAAUUUUUCUUCGUUGUCUCGUUUCUACUUUCAAACAAAAUAAAUUU